AUGAUAUGGGACUACUAUAACGGCAAAACGGUGUUCGUUACGGGAGGAACCGGUUUCAUCGGAACUGCACUCCUCUGCCGACUCUUGAGUCAAUCCUCUCCGGAACGAGUAUAUGCGCUAUGUCGCGGUGGACGCGAAAAAGCUCACGCGAAAUGGUUCAAAACGCUACCAAAGUCUGUCGCAAACCGCCUCACCGAGAACCCCAGGCUAACGAUUUUCGAUGGCGAAUUGGGAGAAACCUCGAGAAUGAAUCUAUCAGAGGAGACAAUUCAGAUGCUUAAACAAACCGUUCACAUUGUAUUCCACGCUGCAUCGUCGAUUAAAUUGCAGAAUUCCCUUCGAGAGCUGGCAUAUACCGUGCUGGCACCAAGUCUAUGUCUCACCCAAUAUGCCCUGAAGUUCCCCAACCUCGAGCGCUUCGUGUUUUUCUCCACCGCAUACGCAAAUGCACACCUUUGGAAAACCCACAAAUCCACCGAUGUGCCAGUGGACGAGAGAGUAUAUCCUCUCGGUACCGAGGAAGAGGACUAUUCCCUGAGUGCUCUGGAAGCAUGGAAGGAAGUGCAGAAGACCGGCUCGUCAGACGAAUACGACUCCCAUGAUUUCCCUUGGCCAUAUGCAUAUGCCAAGCAUCUGGCUGAGCGGUUAGUCCUACAGAAAGCAUCUGAGCGCAACAAGCUGGACAAGGUCCUAAUCAUCCGACCCUCUGUCCUCGGACCGGCCGAGAAAUUCCCUUGUCUGGGAUUCUCAACUUCUUAUGGAGCGCCCUCAACAGCCUGUGCAGCAGCAUACAUGCUCCAUCCUGGUCGUCGGAUCAAACUGCCAACACGAUGUGAAAAUCCCGAUAAAGAAUCUACAAUCGAUGAAGUUCCAGUCGACGUAGUCGUCGAUCGGACACUACUCCAUGUGGCACUGGGUACCAGCGGAUGUGUCCAUGCAGUCAGCGGAGAACAGGGACGGCUAACCACUGAAGAGUGGUGGCAUGCAUUUAAGAAGGAACGGCGACUGCCUUGGAAGGCCAAACCGGCUUGGACCUCUGAUGACUGGCAUUCCCCCGAUCUCCACCAAAUGGCACGGCAGUUCAAAAUUAUCGGGACUUCGUUUGCUUUCUCGCAGGAAAAGACUAUACAGGCUGCGGAGAAACUUGAUCAUUCGGAGAAGAAGGAUCUUGUAUUAUUUGUCGACCGGUCGAAGCCUUAUUCUUUGCAUUUGAGACGACAUCAUAUUCAUCAUCAGGCGGUGCAGGUGGCCAAGAAGAAGAAGUGGCCUCUGUGUUCGGCUAGACUGCUUUGUCGGAAGGGGAAGCCGAUAGCUCAUCUGCAUGAGGAUAUCAAGGCAUGA